GAUAAUACCGCUGCUUGCUGUAUCAAUCAAUGGAGAAGAUCUUGAAGAGUUUCCUCUCGAUUUUGAUGAAGAUGGACAACAAAGUACUGAAACACAACCGAACAGCGAAAUUAACAAAAUAAGUGGUAGCAGUUCCUCACUACAAACCCUGGAACAGCAGAGAAACGAUGUCAUGAAGAGAGUCGUAGCCAAUGCUAUGAAUAAACCAGGUGCUAAGCUCAGGUUAUCUCAGGUGAUGCCAAUCCUACGCACGAUGUCAGGUCCUCAGCGAUUGGCCCUUGCCGCCCUAGUCUCAGCCCAGGUGAUGGCCUCCCCCAGGGAGCCCCUCCCACCACCUCAUGACCCCGCGCACAAUGUGACGUCACAGCUGAUGCUGCCCAUCAGUCAGGACAUCGCCACCAUGUUCCGAGGGUUGGGGCGUGAAGAAGGGGUGGCCAGGAGGGGUGAUCAACAGGUCCAGCAGAGAAGUCGUCAGUCCUACAACGCCUUUAGCAACAAUGUUGUGCCCAACAGGAGGGAAGGACAUGUUCCAAACG